CUGAUUUAUUCUUCAGCACAUCUUUCUCUCUCCCCAGACCUGUCAGACAGCUUCCUUCUAGCUCUUGGAUCCUUUGGCUUACUAUUUCCCCUCUUUCUCCUCCACCCCUUUUUAAGGAGCUGCCGGGUCUCCACUCCCCGCAUUUUCCGCCUUGAUCCUUUCAAUCCCUUGUGCCUUUUUCUUCCUUCUUUCAACCUCUUGUCGGGUUUGUCCACUCUAGAGACUUGGGAGUGGCAUUGCUUUGGACUGAUCUCUCUAGUUUCCACUUUCAGCUGUCUUCUCACUGCGUGUGUAACCGAACGACCCGGUGAACGCUAUUUCAACAUGUCAUCGAAGAAAGAAGUCAAUCUCCAACCGCGCAUGUCCAAGAGGCCUCCAUUCUCCGUGGAGGUGCCUGGCUGCGAACCGGUCGCCGGAGAGACCAUCCCUCGUCGUUUGCCUCUCGCGAAGGACGGCCUCAUUCUUCGACCCGCGGAAGAUGUCACCACCAUUUACGAUGUGUUCCGCCGAUCCGCUCGAGUCUUUGGCAACUCCAAGGCUGUCGGAAGCCGUCAUUUGAUCAAGACCCAUGUCGAGACCAAGAAGGUCAAGAAGGUCAUUGAUGGUGUCGAAAAGGAGGUUGAUAAGGAGUGGUCCUACUUUGAGAAGAGCCCUUAUUCCUACAAAACAUUUGUUGAGUAUGAGAAGCUGGCCCUCGAUCUGGGUAGUGGUUUGCGGAAGAUCGGAUUGAGCAAGGGAGACAAGAUUCACCUUUACGGUGCUACCAGUGAGCCAUGGCUGGCAUUGUCACACGGAGCUUCAUCCCAGUCCCUCCCGAUGGUCACCGCAUAUGAUACUCUAGGAGAAGAGGGUUUGGCGCAUUCCCUGUCUCAGACCGAGAGUGUUGCCAUCUUCUGCGACCCCGUCCUCCUCCGUUCCGUCGGCAAUGUCCUGGACAGGGCAAAGUCGAUCAAACAUGUUAUUUACAACUCAGAUGAAGAGCCUAAACCACAGGAUCUCGACCGCCUGAAGACUGAAUUCGGUUAUCUCAACAUCCUGACAUUUGACGAACUCCAGAAGCUAGGUCAAGAAAACUCGGUCGACCCCGUUCCCCCAGCCCCGGAAGAUUUGUUCUGUAUCAUGUAUACCUCCGGAUCGACCGGCCCACCGAAGGGUGUUCCUCUUACCCAUGGAAAUGUUGUCGCUGCAAUGGCUGGAAUUCACGCAAUCGUCGGCCCCUAUAUCGGACCGUCCGACGCUUUGCUCACCUACCUUCCCCAAGCACAUAUCCUUGAGUUUAUGUUUGAGAACCUGUGUCUCUUCUGGGGCGGCACUAUGGGUUAUGGAAACCCUCGCACUCUUUCCGAUGCUUCCAUGCGCAACUGCAAGGGUGACAUUCGCGAGUUCCAGCCCACCAUUCUCGUUGGUGUUCCCGCAGUGUGGGAAUCCGUCAAGAAGGGUGUCCUCAACAACCUGAACAAGAACAGUGCCCUCGUGAAGACCCUCUUCUGGGGCGCCAUGUCCGCAAAGUCAUUCCUGAUGGCAACGGGUUUCCCAGGCGCUGGUCUUGGUGCUUGGGUUCUCGACAAUGUUAUCUUCCGCAAGCUCAAGGAUGCCACUGGUGGCCGCAUGCGUAUUAUGAUGAACGGUGGUGGUCCAGUCUCGAAGGAGACCCAGAAAUUCUUGUCCAUGGCCAUCGCUCCUAUGAUCAGCGGCUAUGGAUUGACUGAGACAUCUGCAAUGGGUGCUCUCAACGACCCCAUGGCGUGGAACCCCAAUUCCCUGGGCGAGAUCCCCGGCUGUAUCGAAGUGAAGCUUGUUGAUUUCGCCGAAGCUGGAUAUUUCACCAAGAAUAACCCUCCUCAGGGAGAGAUCUGGAUUCGCGGAGGAAGUGUUGCCGCCGGCUAUUUCAAGAACGACGAGGAGACCAAGAACGCAUAUGCUAAAGACGGAUGGUUCAUGACGGGUGAUAUUGGCGAGUUCGACAAGUACGGUCACCUCCGAAUCAUCGAUCGUAAGAAGAAUCUCAUCAAGACGCUCAACGGCGAAUACAUUGCGCUCGAGAAGCUCGAGUCCGUCUACCGCUCUUGCCCCGUUGUCGGCAACAUUUGCGUCUAUGGCGCGGAAGACCAGGAUAGGCCCGUUGCUAUCAUUGUCCCCGUCGAAGCCACCCUGAAGAAGAUCGCGCAAGAAAACAAAAUCGAGGGCGAUUCGGUUGAGACCCUGGUGUACAACAGGCAACUGAACAGUAUUGUCCUCAAGCAACUCCAGACAGCUGGUCGCGCAAGUGGUCUUAAGGGCAUCGAAAUCAUCGCUGGUGUUGUGCUUUCCGAUGAGGAGUGGACCCCUCAAAACGGCUAUACAACCGCUGCCCAGAAACUCCAACGCAAGAAGAUCAUCGACCAUUUCAAGAAAGACAUUGAUCGCGCCUACGGCAAGAACUAAGCCGGCCAACGCAAGCUCCCGCCCUUUUUUUUUCUCUUCUAGGAGGUUCAGAGUCCUUAUGAGUUAUACCCUUUGGAUCCCUUACUCGCCUUCAUCUUCUGCUAUUCGCCCAAUACUAAAUAGCAAACAAAGUUCCAUCGUAAACCGCAUACAUACCGGCAUGAUGAUUUAACUAUUGAAACCCUCCCUCUGUCUUCCUCUCGCCGUCAUAUAUACCUUUUGAAGAGUCCUUUGCCAACUGUAUGAAUCCUUUUUCUAUUUCUUCUUUCCUGUGGCUUUCUGUCUACCUGGGUCCCAUGUCGGUUGAAGAUGUCACCUGCGCAGUACGUGAUAAACUCUGUCGCAACUGUCCUGUUUAUUUAUAUAAAAUCGUAUCCUAUUAUGUGAUAUUUUCGGUGACUCUAGCCAAUUAUUUCAAUAAAUGGAAAAAUAUGGAUAAGCUUG